GACAAUCAGGUCGGGGCAGCAAAGGCAAGCGUGAGUGGAAGGCAGAGGAAGACAGUCAGUGAAUGAAAAAAACUGUAGUAGGCUAAAAAACGCAGUCUAAACAUCUAGCUCCCAUCAGAAACGCACACAUAGAGAACGACUUCAGGAAAAGUUUUUGAAACUGAGCAAGAUGACCCAGUUGGAGAUCCCGCUGCAGUAUGACAAUGGAUAUGAGGAAGAGGUGUAUAUGAUGCAGGAAGACGAAUGGGAUAGAGACCUUCUGCUGGACCCGGCAUGGGAGAAACAGCAGCGGAAGACCUUUACAGCAUGGUGUAACUCCCAUCUGAGAAAGGCUGGCACUCAGAUUGAGAACAUCGAGGAGGACUUCAGGAAUGGUCUGAAGCUCAUGCUGCUGCUGGAGGUCAUCUCAGGUGAAAGGUUACCCAAGCCAGACAGAGGAAAGAUGCGUUUCCACAAAAUAGCCAAUGUAAACAAAGCUUUAGAAUACAUCACCAGCAAAGGAGUGAAGCUUGUCUCUAUCGGAGCAGAAGAAAUUGUGGAUGGAAAUGUGAAGAUGACUCUCGGAAUGAUUUGGACCAUCAUCCUCCGCUUUGCCAUUCAAGACAUCUCAAUUGAAGAAACCUCUGCCAAGGAAGGUCUUCUUCUGUGGUGCCAAAGAAAGACUGCCCCGUACAGGAAUGUCAAUGUGCAGAACUUUCAUGUCAGCUGGAAGGACGGGCUGGCAUUCUGUGCCCUCAUCCACAGGCAUCGGCCUGACCUCAUCGAUUACUCCAAACUCAACAAGGAUGACCCUAUGGGAAACCUGAACCUGGCCUUUGAAAUUGCAGAGAAACAUCUGGACAUCCCUAAAAUGCUGGACGCAGAAGACAUUGUGAACACCCCCAAGCCUGAUGAGAGAGCUAUUAUGACCUAUGUGUCCUGCUUCUACCAUGCCUUUGCUGGUGCAGAGCAGGCUGAGACGGCUGCUAACAGGAUCUGCAAAGUUUUGGGUGUCAAUCAGGAGAAUGAGAAGCUCAUGGAGGAAUAUGAGAGAUUGGCCAGCGAGCUGCUGGAGUGGAUCCGGCGCACCACUCCGUGGCUGGAGAACCGCACGCCAGAGAAGACCAUGGCGGAGAUGCAGAGGAAGCUGGAGGACUUCCGGGACUACCGCCGGCUCCACAAGCCGCCCAAGGUGCAGGAGAAGUGCCAGCUGGAGAUCAACUUCAACACGCUGCAGACCAAGCUGCGCAUCAGCAACCGCCCGGCCUUCAUGCCCUCCGAGGGCAAGAUGGUGUCGGAUAUUGCCAGUGCAUGGCAGGGCCUAGAGGGGGCAGAGAAGGGGUUUGAGGAGUGGCUCCUGACUGAGAUCCGUCGUCUGCAACGUCUUGACCACCUGGCUGAGAAGUUCCGCCAGAAAGCCACCUCACAUGAGACCUGGGCCAGUGGGAAGGAGCAGAUUCUGACCAAUAAGGAUUAUGAGUCUGCCUCUCUGACUGAGCUGAGAGCGAUGCUGCGUAGACAUGAGGCGUUUGAGAGUGACCUGGCUGCCCAUCAGGACAGAGUGGAACAAAUCGCUGCCAUCGCCCAGGAACUGAAUGAGCUGGAUUACCAUGAUGUUGCUGCUGUCAAUCAGAGGUGCCAGAGCAUCUGUGACUUAUGGGACCAGCUGGGCACUCUCACCCAGAAGAGGCGGGAGGCGCUAGAGAGGACAGAGAAGCUGCUGGAGACUGUGGAUCAGCUGUUCCUGGAGUAUGCUAAGAGGUCAGCUCCAUUUAACAACUGGAUGGAGGGAGCCAUGGAGGACCUGCAGGACAUGUUUAUUGUGCAUACCAUCGAAGAAGUCCAGACUCUGAUUGCUGCCCAUGAUCAGUUCAAAGCUACUCUACCAGAGGCCGAUGGUGAGAGGCAGGCCAUUCUGGGCAUCCAGAACGAAGUGCACAAGAUCUGCCAGAGCUACGGCCUGCGCGCCGUCCUCGUCAAUCCCUACAGCUCCAUCACCACCGAGGAGAUCAUGGUCAAGUGGGACAAGGUUAAGAAGCUUGUUCCGCAGAGAGACGGCUUGCUCCAGGAGGAGCUGGCUAGGCAGCACGCCAACGAAAGGCUGAGACGGCAGUUUGCUGCCCAGGCUAACCUGAUUGGACCCUGGAUCCAAACCCGCAUGGAGGAGAUUGGGCGCUGCUCUCUGGAGAUGGGCGGCACUCUGGAGGAUCAGAUGACCCAGCUGAAGCAGAUGGAGCAUGUGAUCGUCACAUACAAACCCAACAUCGACAAGCUGGAGGGAGACCACCAACUCAUCCAGGAGUCCCUCAUCUUUGACAACAAACACACCAACUAUACAAUGGAGCACAUCCGGGUGGGCUGGGAGCUGCUCCUCACCACCAUCGCUCGCACCAUCAACGAGAUCGAGACCCAGAUCCUGACACGAGAUGCCAAGGGCAUCAGCCAGGCACAGAUGCACGAGUUCCGCUCCUCCUUCAACCACUUUGACCGGAAGGACAGAGGUAAACUGCGUCCUGAUGAGUUUAAAGCCUGUCUCAUCAGCCUGGGCCACAUGGGCAAUAAUAAACAGAAGAAGAACGGUGCCAUGGACACUGAUGACUUUAGAGCCUGCCUGAUCUCUAUGGGCUAUGACUUGGGUGAGGUGGAGUUUGCUCGGAUCAUGAUGCUGGUUGACCCCAAUGCCACUGGGCUGGUGUCCUUCCAGUCCUUCAUCGACUUCAUGACCAGAGAGACAGCAGACACAGAUACAGCUGAACAGGUUGUAGCGUCCUUCAGGAUCCUGGCUGCUGACAAGCCUUACAUCCUGACGGAGGAGCUGCGGAGGGAGCUGCCCCCUGACCAGGCCGAGUACUGCAUCAUGAGGAUGCCCCCCUACGCUGGGCCAGGCGCGGUCUCCGGUGCCCUCGACUACACUGCCUUCUCCACUGCCCUCUAUGGAGAGAGUGACCUUUAACCCCUAGCUUGGCAUCUUUAACCUCUCCACCCUGACCCUAUCAGCCCCCUCUACACCCAUGAAGGCUUCUCUACACUCUGUCAGCCUGUCAGCUUUUGAGAAAGAUACCUGGAUAACCAGAUGCACCAAGGUUCAUGAAUAGUUUGUUUCUCUGUAUUGUCCACUUAAUACUAAGGGUUGAGAUUAUGCGUAUAUCAUUUGUGUGCGGUACCCAAGUUGAUUUAAUUGUUCUAGGCUUAUGGAACAAAAUGAUCUUACAACAUAAUACAAUAAAACUGUUUUUCUUUUUAAUAUACAUUACACUUGCUCAGGAAGACACUCCUGGGCAGUACGGAUGUAGGCACACACAUUAGUAGACUAUGCUCUUACUAAUCCGCUUCACACUCUUCACACUACAAGCAAACAUUCUUUUACAAAUCUCCACCCAGUGCCUCUUAGAUCUUAUGUGGAACGUGCAUUUAGAUUCUAGAGUCAAUCUAAGAAUGUGCAAAACUGUCAUCCGCAACAGUUUUUAAUUGUGACAAGUUGCUAGAUCAUUUUCUGUUUUGAAAGGCGUUUGACAAUUUUACAGUAUACCCCUGGGGAUUAUGUGUUUGGAUGGAUAAUGCCUCCCUAAUACCAGUUUUGUACUGGACCUGCCUUUUAGGACAUCAGAGAUAUAUAGAACCAAAAUUAGACAGCAAGUACAUAUUAGUUAAUAUAAAGGAUCAGUAACUCGUUGUGGGGAAUGUAUUUGCAGCUCCGGGGGUCCCUCAGUAUAUUUACUGCAUUACCCAUUCAUAUACGACAUAUCCCAUUCUGACUUAUUUGCAUAUGUUUGGCUUCCUGUACUCAGCUUCAUGUCAAUACUGCAUUAUGCAACACAGUCUCUCUUCUACAGAGGACUCCUGUGCCAAUUCUAAACCUGAGCAUGAACAAACUGACAAAGUGAUUCUUCAUGUUUGGGCUAAUUUAGUGAUUUUGUAAUUCAUUGCUUUCUUGCACUGGUUAGCUGAAGAAGGUGUUUUGCCUCACAAGUGUGUUUUAAAACAGCUUGGAAGACAACUUGUUUUGAUUGCCUACACAAGAAAUAGACAAUUGUAUUGCUUUUAAGAAAUAAAGACUUGCUAUGAACUA